AUGGAGUCAUAUAAUUUAACAAGUAACUUGAACUUCCUUCUCCGUGGACUCUCAGAAGACCCUGUACUGCAGCCCAUCUUAUUUGUGCUGUUCCUGCUCAUAUACCUGCUCACUGUGCUUGGAAAUGUGCUCAUCAUGUUGGCCAUCAGCUCUGACUCCCACCUCCACAGCCCUAUGUACUUCUUCCUCUACAACCUUUCAUUGGCCGACAUGGGCUUCAGCAGCACCACAGUCCCCAAAAUGCUAAUAAACAUGCAGACUCAAAACAAAUCCAUAUCAUACGGAGCCUGCUUAACUCAGGUGUCAUUCUUCUUUCUUUUCGGUAAUAUGGACAACCUACUACUGGCUGUGAUGGCCUAUGACCGAUGGGUGGCAAUUUGCCACCCUCUGCACUACCAAGUCAUUCUGAACCCUCGUCUGUGUAGAAGUUUGGUCAUAGUUUCAUUUUUCAUUAGUGCUGUGAGUUCACAAGUACAUUGCUUGAUGGUCUCACAACUAACAUUUUGCACUAGUAUAGAAAUCCCUCAUUUCUUCUGUGAUGUUCCAGAGCUUCUAAAACUUGCCUGUUCUGACACUUUUAUUAGUAAUAUAGCUAGGUUUCUUUUAAGCAUCAUUAUUGGUUUCCUCCCUGUCUCAGGAAUAUUUUAUUCUUAUUAUAAAAUAACUGCUUCAAUUUUUAAAGUCCCAUCACUGUUAGGGAAAUAUAAAGUCCUCUCUACCUGUGGAUCGCACCUGUCAGUUGUUUGCUUAUUUUAUGGAACAGGUCUAGGAGUCUAUCUGAGUUCAACAGUUUCUAGUUCUUCCAGGGAAAGUGUGGGUGCCUCGGUAAUGUAUACCGUGGUGGUUCCCAUGAUGAACCCCUUUAUCUACAGUUUGAGGAACAAGGACAUGAAGAAAGCCCUUCUGAAAAUUGUCAGACAAAUAAUGUAA